AUGGGUGACUUCAGUGCAGUGCUGCAAGCUGGUACCGCCGAUGUUGUCACGGAGCUCUACCGUGACUCCUGCGUACUGAUCACUGGUGGCACGGGUUUUAUCGGCAAAGUGUUACUGGAGAAGCUGCUCCGGUGCUUUGCAGUGCGCAAAGUGUUUCUGAUGAUGCGGGCGAAGCGCAACAAGAGCGUGGCGGAACGGUUCCAGGAGCUGCUCGACGAUGCGAUCGUGUUCAACGUGAUGGCGUCGGUUAAGUUUAACGAAGACAUCGAGACGGCUCUGGACACUAAUGUGGUGUCGUCGCGCAAACUUUUCCAACUGGUGGAACCCUUCGUGGCCCUGCGCUCGAUCGUGCACGUAUCCACGUUCUACUCCAACUGUCACCGGCCGCACAUCGAGGAGCGCAUCUACGAAGAUCUUCCGUUCGGUGGGUUCGAGAACCUGCUCAACAUCCUGCGGUUUCUGAGCGUCGACGAGAAGAACCACCUAAAGCCACUGGUACUAGGGUCAAUGCCAAACAGUUACACCUUCAGCAAGCGGUGCGCUGAGGUAAUGAUUCGGCAGCAGUUUGCACACCUACCGCUCGUGAUCUUUCGGCCACCGAUCGUUACGUCCGCCUACCGGGAACCGUUUCCCGGGUGGGUGGAUAACUUCAAUGGCGCGGCCGGUAUGGCGGUGCCCGUUACGCGGGGCCAGAUCUACUGGAUGCGGGGUGAGGAGAAUGCGACCGCCGAUAUGGUUCCGGUGGACUACUGCGUCAAUGCCCUGCUGGCCGUCGGCUGGGACAAUGCUACAGCUCGUGAACCCGCCAAGGACCCCAAGGUUCCAGUGUAUAAUUACGUCUUCCAAAAGAACCCGAUCCGCAACGGAGACAUUGGCGAGCUGGUGGCCCUCGGUUUGGAUUCACCGCUCAUGCGGAUACUGGGCCGUUACUUUCUGCAAGUGACGUCGUCGGUUUGGGUCAGGCGCCUGCUGAUCGGGUGGCUCCUGUUUCAGGCAACGAUAGCCGAUCUCGUCGGGAUCGCGCUCGGAAGAAGCAAAAAGAACUACACGCUCGUGAAGCGCGUGGUGGCCCUCGAUGAAUCCACGAGCUACUUUCGGUGCCGAUCGUGGACCUCGGACAACGCCAACAUUCGCCGUCUCUGGGACCGACUGCCGGCGGACACGAAGCGACUGCUGCCAUUCGACGUGGAGUUGAUCGACUGGCGGGACUACUUUCGAUUUUUCGCCAAAGGAGUAUCGGCCGCCGUGCACCGGUUAACACUCAAACGAUGCGAAUCGUUGCGAGUAUCGGAUCGUACAAAGACAAUGAAAGUCGUCGAUGGAUGCUAA